GGGAUGGGUAAUGUAUUGAUGCUCGAGGGCCAAAUCAACACAAAUGGAUAAGAAAAGGUCUAAGCCACCAGGUGCCCAGAAGAAGAGAAACACGCAAAAUAUAAAGGGGCACUUCUGAAAUAUUUUGGCGCACCCUCUGGCGCUGGCCAGGAUGAGGAGCCAUCAACCUCCUCAGCCACACAGGUGUCGUCGCAAAUGUUGUCUGAGCCUGAGGAUGAAGACCCAUUUGCUUCCACUUCUCCCCAGCAGGAUUCUUCAGAAAUACCUGUAGCAGCAUCCCCACCAAAUCCUGCUACUGAGGAUGAACCACUGUCUGCAGGCCCUGCUGCUGAGGUUGAACCACUGUCUACAGGCCCUGCUGCUGAGGUUGAACCACUGUCUACAGGCCCUGCUGCUGAGGUUGAACCACUGUCUACAGGCCCUGCUGCUGAGGUUGAACCACUGUCUACAGGCCCUGCUGCUGAGGUUGAACCACUGUCUACAGGCCCUGCUGCUGAGGUUGAACCACUGUCUACAGGCCCUGCUGCUGAGGAUGAACCACUGUCUACAGGCCCUGCUGCUGAGGUUGAACCACUGUCUACAGGCCCUGCUGCUGAGGUUGAACCACUGUCUACAGGCCCUGCUGCUGAGGUUGAACCACUGUCUACAGGCCCUGCUGCUGAGGUUGAACCACUGUCUACAGGCCCUGCUGCUGAGGUUGAACCACUGUCUACAGGCCCUGCUGCUGAGGUUGAACCACUGUCUACAGGCCCUGCUGCUGAGGUUGAACCACUGUCUACAGGCCCUGCUGCUGAGGUUGAACCACUGUCUACAGGCCCUGCUGCUGAGGUUGAACCACUGUCUACAGGCCCUGCUGCUGAGGUUGAACCACUGUCUACAGGCCCUGCUGCUGAGGUUGAACCACUGUCUACAGACCCUGCUGCUGAGGAUGAACCACUGUCUACAGGCCCUGCUGCUGAGGUUGAACCACUGUCUAAAGACCCUGCUGCUGAGGUUGAACCACUGUCUACAGACCCUGCUGCUGAGGAUGAACCACUGUCUACAGACCCUGCUGCUGAGGUUGAACCACUGUCUACAGGCCCUUCUGCUGAGGUUGAACCACGGUCUACAGGCCCUGCUGCUGAGGUUGAACCACUGUCUACAGGCCCUGCUGCUGAGGUUGAACCACUGUCUACAGACCCUGCCGCUGAGGAUGAACCACUGUCUACAGGCCCUGCUGCUGAGGUUGAACCACUGUCUACAGACCCUGCCGCUGAGGUUGAACCACUGUCUACAGACCCUGCUGCUGAGGUUGAACCACUGUCUACAGACCCUGCUGCUGAGGUUGAACCACUGUCUACAGACCCUGCUGCUGAGGAUGAACCACUGUCUACAGACCCUGCCGCUGAGGUUGAACCACUGUCUACAGACCCUGCUGCUGAGGUUGAACCACUGUCUACAGACCCUGCUGCUGAGGAUGAACCACUGUUUACAGACCCUGCUGCUGAGGAUGAACCACUGUCUACAGACCCUGCUGCUGAGGUUGAACCACUGUCUACAGGCCCUGCUGCUGAGGUUGAACCACUGUCUACAGACCCUGCUGCUGAGGUUAUACUUAACGAUGGCUUGUUUGUAUCAGUUGCAAAAACAUUGGCAACUCUGUAUUUGUAGACAAAUGUGUUUAAGUUAUCGGCGGUCACGGAGAGAGAAAUAUGGUAAUUAUAUUUUUAGCCCGAAAAAGUGUCUAAGGAUGCACUUAACGUAACCCUUUUCUACAUGUGGCCUGUGCCAGGCGUUAGAUUACGAGCGUUUUCAAGUGCAAUUGGUUUUGGGAAACAGCUCGGAGAUGUAACGAUGCUCGUACAAAGGUUCUAAGGAUUAAACUCGAUCAUUUUGGGAAACCCUUCUACGACCCAAACACAUAAAAGACACACCCUCUCCCUUCAAAUUAACUUCUCAUGAUGAGUUGACACUUUGCAGAGCGAGUGAAGUAUAAAUGGACCGCCCGCCCUUGCACGGAAAUGUGCCACAAGUUCGUCCCACGGUUGUUUUCAGUCAUCAUGGAACCCACCUGGAGCUGAGGUGUGUGUGCUUUAUAUGCGCUACAGUCAUUUAUGAUUGCAUUUCAUAUCUUGGCUAGAAGACGACGCAUGCUAGCCAUCCGACAAUAUCAG